GUUGCGCCGAUCGCCGUCACCCUACGAAUCCCUUGCGCCCUCCGAUUCAGGUUUCUGAUGGUUAGUUGGUGAUUAAUCGUGAUAUCAGCUAUCUGUGGAUGGUUUUUAGGUGUAAUUUUUUGAAUAUGGAACUGUACAGAAGUGUGGAUUUCACUUCCUAGGCUUUGGCAAGAAGGGGGAGUUUUGUUCGGGUUUUCUUCAGUGGGUAGUGCUAUAGUUUCUUUGUGCAUUUUGUCAUCGGGAAUGAGUCGGGAGGAUGAGGACCAGUUGGUGCCAGAAUCUCAACUUGAAAGUAAACCUGAAUAUCAAAAGCAGUCAAAAAUAUCAUACACCAGAGAUUUUCUAUUGUCGUUCAGUGACUUGGAUAUUUGCAAGAAGCUACCUAGUGGAUUUGAUGCUUCAAUUCUGAGUGAACUUGAAGAUGCUUCGAGUAAUAUACUUGAGCGGCAAAGAGGUCCAGGAGGCUCUUCUUUGCAGGGUCUAAAGCGCAACGACUAUGGUUCAUUACCAUCAAACAGGUUGGAUGGCUCGGGUGGUUAUUCUCGAGGAAGCUCGGGGAGGUGGGACACCCGAUCCUCUGGGUCAAGUGAUAGAGAUGGAGACUUUCAGUCUGACCGUGAAUCUGUUAUGCAAGAUUCCGGUAGACGAUUUGGAAACCAAUCUAGACGUUCCUGGCAGCAUCCAGAGCAUGAUGGACUUUUGGGAAGUGGUGCAUUUCCAAGACCCUCUGGAUAUACUGGAACCUCAGCACCAAAGGCCCGGGGGAGCAGUCAUUAUCAGCUCAACAGGAGUUCGGAACCUUAUCAGCCGCCACGGCCAUAUAAGGCUAUACCUUUCUCACGAAAGGACAACAAUGAUUCAUGUAAUGAUGAAACAUUUGGUUCUGCUGAAUGCUCAAGUCAGGACAGAGCAGAAGAGGAAAGAAAGAGAAGAGCAUCCUUUGAGUUAAUGAGAAAGGAGCAACACAGAGCACUACAAGAGAAGCAAAAGCAUGAUAAUAAUAAAGAAAAACUUGAUGCGGAUAUUAUUGCACUAUUAGAGACUUCUGUUGACAAAAAAGGCAUGAUGAACAGAAAUGACAAGUCAGAUGACUCUUUGACAUCUUUCCUUUCCCUGCAUGAUUCUUCUAAGUCUUCUUUCGCUCCUCAAGCUCCUGCAUCUAGACCACUCGUGCCUCCUGGUUUUGCAAAUGCACUAGUGGAGAAAAAUAUAUGUGGGCAGUCUUCAAGCACUUCCAUUGCAUCAGAGGCUAGAAGUAUGGCUGUAGAGGAUAAGAUUCCUCUAGAUGGCAUGGAUAAUGAUCAAGAGAAAAGGAAUCAGCCAGCUGCAUGCAUGAAUGCCAACGUGCAGACAAGUGGUUCCAUGGGCACUUCUGUUUUUCUGGUAAAUGAAAACUUAUCAGCAAAUGUGGAAGUUGUUAAAUCUUCAAUUGGUUUUGAAAAUGUGGUCGGAAUGUCUUCUGGUCUUCAAAAAGUCGAUGAGGUUUGGGAAGAUGAUAUAGUGAAAGAUUUUUCCCACAAAAAAGGGACCAAGUCUGAGAUUUUGGCUACAGUUGGUCAGGAUCAUUCUACAUCAAUUCUGGAAAAGUUGUUUGGCAGUGCUCUGUCAAAAAAUUAUGACAAUUCACCUACUUAUGUUGAGAAUCAGGGUCUUGAAAGAGAUGAGGAGACAAGGAGUCCUGUGGUAUCCAAAUCUUCAAAGUUUGCUCAUUGGUUUCUUGAAGAAGAAAAAAAGCCCAUGGAAGAUUUUUCAUCCAGGGACUUGCUCUCUUUAAUUGUCAAUAAUGAGAAAGUAGGUUCACAAACACCCGCAGUUUCUAAUGACAUAGCUGAAGGGUAUAUCGCACCAAGCUUAGCUUUUGAAAAUAAUGAUAAUGCACCCAAGCUCCUUACAUCUCCUGCAACUUUGUCGAUAGCUGGGAUCUCUGAACAGUAUCAUCAAGGUGAUAAGCCAGAUUCAAAUCCUCUUGUGCUUACAUGUGAGGACCUUGAGCAGUCCAUCUUGGCUGAGGUUAAAGAUAGCAGUUCAACUUUACAGCAUUCUGUCCAGGGAGCUUGGACUGUAUUGGAUGGUAAAUCUGAAGAUCAGAGAACUAAUGUGGAUGACCAUGCAUCCCAACAUCUCCUUUCUUUGUUGCAAAAGGGAACAAAGAAAGAUGCAAUGGCGUUGUCUAGGUUAGGUAUGGAAUCCUUCGAUAGACUUACUAUCUCAGAUGUGAAAUCUGGUGUCAAUCUUGGGGGUGUUGAGAAUGCUACUCCUAGCAAUUCUGAAACAGUUCCUGGUUCUGAGAAGACUCUGACGCUAGAAGCAUUAUUUGGGGCAGCAUUUAUGAAUGAGCUCCAUUCUGUGGAAGCCCCGGUCUCAGUUCAGAGAGGUUCAGCAGGAGGGAUUAAUGACACUGAUGUUCCUCUUACACAUAAAUUGCCAAUUUCUCCUGCAGAUGAUGCUUUAUUUUCUUCUAGUUCUGGUGAGUAUGUAUCCAACAAGACCAUUCAUGAAGGAAAAAUGUUAUAUUUAAACCAUAUUCAAGAAGCAGGAGGCUACAAUGUCCCAGGGGCUGGGGUAGAUAACAGAGACUCUCCUAUUGAGGGUUCAAAGCUUGGUAGUGCUGGUCUUGAAGGGGGAGCUAUGGAGAUUCACCUACCAGAAGAGGACAGUUUGAUCACAGGUAGGCCAUCUUCGCAGUUACCACAUCCGAUGAAUCAAACAAGGCCUUUAUUCCAGCAAUUGGAUCAUCUUGCUAAUAGGAAUCAACAGAUGAAGUUCACUGGUCCAGAAGGCAUCCAUCAUGAUCCUCAUCAUCCUUUUCCUGCGAAUGCUAUCCCUCAUCAUGCUUUCAACAAUGCUGGUGAUCCGCGGUUUGACCCAGCUGCUCAUCAUCUGAUGUUUCAACAAAUGCCACUUCCAGGAAAUUUCCCACAACAAUACCCAUUUCAGGGAUUGCCAAGAGGUGUCCCACUAUCUCAUCCCAUCAAUCACAUUCCAGGUUAUUCACCUGAGAUGGGCAAUGUACAUAAUCAUCCAAUGCCCCAACGCCAGCCAAAUUAUGGUGGCCUUGGAAUGGGAAUGCCAGGACCUGUUGUUGGGGGUGGUACGGGUGGUCACCCAGAGGCACUUGAAAGGCUGAUCGAGAUGGAAAUGAGAGCUAAUUCGAAGCAGAUCCACCCGGCAUCAGCUGGUUAUAUUCCAGGUAUUUUUGGUCCUGAGCUUGACAUGAACUUCAGGUAUGGAUGAACAUAGAAGAGCUCUAAGUCGUGUUAAUCUCGGUAGUUGUGGAACACCUUGUUUCUGGGGAGGUGGGGUGAAUUUAAUUUUCCUCUCGUGCUGGUGUAUUCUGUUGUGUAGGUUAUAAUUUCAUGUAGCUUCUGGAUGAGGUCUGGGUUUGUUCUCAUAUCCCAUUUCCAAAACAAAUAGGAAAAUGAAAAUCAAAAGUCACUGUUAAAGAAGGUUAGGAAGGAUAUGAUGGUGAUGCAUGAGACAGAAUCCCCAUGUAUAGACCGGUCAAGUGCUUUUUGGUGUCGAUAGCUUAUUAGAAUGCGGUACCAGUCUCAGCAUAUAUACUUGUUUAGCGACAUUAUGGGAAAAGGGCUUUUUUAAAUGUUUGAGGAUGGAUAAAGCUGGGUUUGUAUAACCGUUGAUGCUAUCCUGAAGCCUUCUAGGAAAUAUGAUUGCUGUUAAUUUUGCAUUUCAUGUUUUUA